AAAAUUCAAUCACAAUCCACAUUGUUGUCCCAAAGGCUAACCCCUUCUUCCUUCUUUCUUCUCUCUUCUCUGAAAACCCUAAAAUGGUCUCAAUUUGCAUUUGGUCCAUGGAAGCAUGAUUCUCUCUUAAACCCUCCCUCUCGAUUCAUUCCCGAACCUCGAAUCUCACGCUUCCACCUUCGUCCAAAUGUCUCUUUCAUCCAUAGAGUCUAUAUACGUAACAGAGGAGUGUGUUCGCGAAUGGAGGAGUGGCAACCCUGCCCUCAAGGUCGCCCAAGCUGUCCCCAUGUUGCGAUUCCUCUACGAGCUCUGUUGGACUAUGGUUACGGGUGAACUGCCGUUUCCCAAGUGUAAAGUUGCGUUGGAUUCUGUCAUCUUUUCAGAACAAGCUUCCAGUGACAAAAUAGCUUCGAAUUUUGCUGAUAUAGUGACCCAGAUGGCUCAAGAUGUGAGUUAUGCUGCUGCUCUGCUCUUGUGAUAUAGUUGAUUGUCAGUCUUUUUCAUUUUUUUUUAUCUUCCUUCUUUUUUUCUCCUAGCUAUGUCUUAUAGCUUAUAUUCUCUCUCUCAAACACACAC